AGGGGUUACAAGCCCAGUCCCGCGGAACAUCCUGCAAACACAUCUGAGACUCGUAACCAAACUCUCCACUGUUUCUCCUCAGUGUUGCGCGCACAACCAACACCAACCUCUGCUCCAUCGCAUGACUCUUUUGUUUGAUCUCCUGCAAAGUCCCAACUCUUUGAGUCAAAACUCGCGUGGUUGUUGUUGUUUUUCGGACAGUUGACCUUCUCUGCGCGUCGCUGUCCCCGCUGAACUUAUGUGUUUACGUGUGGACGCGCGGCGGCGGUGGGACAUCCGGAAUGGGGAAACCCGUAGGAGGGCACGGAGCUCGCUUGGAUGGUAGAUAGAGCGCGAGCGCACCGACGCGUUGCGCGCGCACGACCCACGCACGAGAUGGAUUUAAGGAAAAGUAAAUAUGGAAGGUUCAUGAACUGCAGAGUGCCAGCCAGUAAGAGAUACCAGCCCACUGACUAUGAACAUGCUGCAAACUGUGCCACACAUGGAUUGUGGAUCCUCCCCAGUCUGGUGGGCGGCUCGCUGCUCUACUUUUCUUCCAUGGACCAAUGGCAUCGCGUUGCUGCUUGGCUCUAUGGGAGCGGACUCUCGGGCCUGUUCAUCACCUCUACACUCUUUCACACGGCUGCAUGGAAAAUUAGCCACCUCCGGACGGUAGAGGAGCGUUUCCACAUGUGUGACAGAAUGGCCAUCUACUUCUUCAUUGCUGCGUCCUAUUCACCCUGGUUGAUGCUGAGGGAGCUGGGGCCCUGGGCGUGCCAUAUGCGCUGGUUAAUCUGGGUCAUGGCUUGUACAGGAUCCAUGUAUGUCUUCUUUUUCCAUGAGAGGUACAAGCUUGUGGAGUUGUUGGGAUAUGUCACCAUGGGAGCUGUUCCUGCUUUGGUCAUCCUGUCCAUGGUAGAGCGUUCAGGUGUGUGUGAACUGGCAGUGGGAGGUGUCCUCUACGUGGUGGGCGUGGUCUUCUUCAAGAGCGACGGCCUGGUCCCCUUUGCCCACGCCAUUUGGCAUCUCUUUGUCGCAGCUGGAGCAGGUGUUCACUACUACGCUAUCUGGAGGUACCUGUACUUACCUGGGCAGCUGCUGCAGACAGCGAGGUGACCCCAGCCGGGAUAUCAUGUGAGAUCCUGCAUUCCCCCACACACAAGUGACAUUGGUGACAUGUUGACUUAGUCAUCGGAUCACUGUAUAUUUUGACAACAGCUUAACCUGUUGUUUGAGAAAACACGGUGCUCAGAUGAUCUGACAUCAGCACUGACUGGCUGCUCAGGAUCACAGGAGUUUCUACUCUAAUUUGUGAUGAUCUAUAAUUAUAUUCUUAAUACAAUACCAGUGGAUUUAAGUGUGUGCAGGAAUGUGAUUCUAAUUUUACUGUGUAAAAUGAGUUAUUAUCACAAAGACAAGCGAACCAGAAGAGAAGAAGAUACCUACUGUAUGUCAGGUGUACACAUUGACCAUCAUCCAUAUAAAGCAAUAGUUUGACGUUUUGUGAAAUAUGUCUGUGGUAUUGAGGUCCAUCAUGAUGUUUCACUCAUACUAUGUGAUGAAAGAAGUACUGAAAACAUAACUUAUCAAAAAAAGAUGAAUAUUUGAACAUACGUUAUAGUAAUAGGAACUACACAAAAUGGAAAAAAAGUGGCUCAUAUUUCAUCCACAUGGUGGGUUUAUGACAUGUACUGCAAAAAGCCACCUGGGAGUGAUAAAGAUAGUGUAACUCACAGAUCUCUGAAGGUUGUCAGCCGUCCAGGCCAAAGUUAUCUUCAGGAGUUGAAGAAGUUUCAUCCUCUCACCCAAAAGUCUUCUUCAAUUCUGUCUUAACUGGUGCAAGAAUCCAGGUAUUGGGACUCUGUAGUAGAUAUUUACUUAUAUAUGGAAGGAGGAGGACAAAGACGCAAUGCAUCUUAAUCAGGAUUAAUAAGAUUUAUUCCUGCAGCCGCUGCAGUGACCUUAUGCAACUGCAGAAGAAAGCAAAAAGGGUAUUUUCCCCAAAAUGUCUAACUAAUCCUUCUAGCGUGCGUCUCUGUAAGUGAACUGACAACACAGUCUCUGCGACAACGCCACAGAAAUACCUACCUUUCCUUAAUCUACCAUACCUGAUGUGCCAAAAAUCUACCACAAAAUUCCCUUGUAGUGGUGAUAAGAGCCGGAUGUAAACAGGAGCAUUCAGUGUCUCAGUUGAAGUGAUUCUAUUUGACGUCUAAAGAAAAUAAAAAUUGCUUUUAUAGAUUAAUGGCCAGUAUGUUGCAUGUUCCUCUGAGGGCAUUUGAACUUCACUCUUCACAAAGAGAGACUAUAAUUAAAACCCAAACAUCUUUUGGUCAAGAAAAGAUUAACUGCUUCAUUGAAGAGUUGUGAUUUAUACUUAUCAUGAAUUGCCUAAAAAAAAUUGAUUGUAAUUAAUUACAAAAAAGUCUAAUCUGAGAUUAUUACAAAACUAAUCUGGGUCAGAUGUUAAAUUCACAUCAAGAACAUCAAGUCUGUAUGCACUGAUUAUUGUUUAGGAAGAAUAUUAUUAGUUGAUACGAAUGAAUGCACUUUUCUAUUAGGAAAAGGGACAAUUUAAGAAAUCUCUAAAUAUUGACUGAAUUAACAAAUGGGGACAGAAUAUAUGUUAAUUAUAGAGGCAAAUUUCCACUAUUUUCAUAUUUCUUCAAAUCACUGUAUAGAUCACACUUUUAAGUCUCAAUAUAGUUAAACAAAUCAGAUUUAACUGUGCACUUACUCAGGAAGUGAGCGUUUCAUUCUUAAAAAUCAUAUGAUCUAUUUUUUGAAAAUUGUAUGUCUGUGACAUCACUGUUUUAAUAAAGAGACUCAAUAUUA